AUGUUACUAAAAGAAAUAGCAUCAUCAGCCAAAAUUAGUUGGUGCCCAUUAUCCACUAAAAAUAAGCUGAAUUUGUUAGCUUUAGGAGGAUGUGGAUUGAAUCCUUGUUUAAGUGUGGGAUUAAUUGAUAUUACUAAUAAUGGUAAAGAUAUUCAAAAUAUAGGAACAUCUCCUUUGAACUCAAGAUGCACAUCAAUAGCUUGGGGAAGUUUUAAUUUAGAAGAGGAUGCUUUGGGCCUUAUUUGUACUGGAUUGGAAGAUGGUAAUAUGAGCUUAUUUAAACCAAUUUUGUCAACUUAUGAAGGUAAUAGAAAAGACGAAAAAAUCUUACUCGAGAGGGUAUGUGAAACAGCUAUUCACCCUUCUGCAGUAAGCUGUUUAGAGUUCAAUAAAACCGAACAUCAAUUACUUGCAUCUGGAGGAAAUGACGGGAAAGUCUAUGUUAUAGAUUUGAGUGAUGGUGUUACUGGAAAUCUGAACUAUUAUGAGCCUGGAAAGGAAAACAAACAUGGAGAUUCUGAUGUUACUGCUUUGAAAUGGAAUCCAAAAGUCUCUCAUAUUAUGGCAUCUUCUUCAAGUAAUGGUACUACAGCAAUUUGGGAUUUAAAGAUGAAAAAGAGUGCGAUUUCAUUUAGAGACCCUGCUCAGAGAUCCAGACCUUCUACUUUAGCAUGGGUUCCAAAUCAACCAACACAAAUAGUUGUGGGAUAUGACGAUGAUAGAAAUCCUUCACUUCAGUUAUGGGAUUUAAGGAAUGUUUCGUAUCCAUUCAAAGAAGCUGUAUCUGCUCAUCAAAAAGGAGUAAUGUCUAUUGAGUUUUCUCCUAUUGACCCUAAUUUAUUGCUAUCUUCAGGAAAGGAUGGUAAGACAAUAUGUUGGACCCUCUUGAAUAACCAACAACCAGAAGUAUUUACAGAAAUUCAUUCUCAGCAAUGGAGUGUUCAAAACCAAUGGUCUCCUAACAUUCCAAGAGUAUUUGCAACAGCAUCCCAUAAUGACAAGGUUAGUAUUUAUUCUUUAUCAUCUCACUCCAGUACAACGACUUAUAUACCAUCUUGGUAUCAUAGGCCAUGUGGUGUAAAUUUCACAUUUUCUGGUAAAUUAGUCUCAUUUUCAAGCAAAUCCGUUAGUGGAGUACCCCAAUUUAACUUAUAUAGGGUGCCUACUAAUCCUGAAAUAACUGCUCAUGCAGACAUGUUCGACCAACUAUUUAAUCAGGGAGAUUUUAUUGGCUAUUGCAAAAGAAAAUGCCAGGAAUCAGAAAGCUCCAAUGAAAAGCUUGCUUGGAGUUUGGUUGAAAAUAUGUUUUCUGAGGAUUCUGCUGAGAGACGUCUAUAUAUUGCUUCACUUUUGGGAUUUGAUUUCAACAAUGCAAGUUCAGCAGCAAACCAAUUUUUGGGAAGAAAGUGUGGAGUAAUGUCACAACAGGAGAAGCUUCAGAAAGAACUCUCUACUAUUAACCAGCAAAAUAAUAUCAGUUUAAUCCAAGAUCCAGCUUCUACUACAUUUACUGGAAUGAGUUAUCAAAAUAGCCCAACUAAUAUGAAUGGUAAUCAUCUUUCUGGUUUUCCAGGUUUGUCAGGGCAGAUAACAUCAAAUCAAUCUUUGGAUCCAGAAAAGUUUUUCCAACAAUUGGGAGAGAGUGAAUCUCCUAAUAAUAAUAAAGACAAAGAAUCCGAAUUGAAUCAAAAAGGCGAGGAUUCUAUUGCCUUUGGACAAGAUUACAUCGGUGGAGGCAGAUUCUGCAGCGAAGAUGCUGACAAUGAAAUGAUGAAUAGUUCAUUUAGUACUGCUUUACAUGGCCAAGGCCAACAAGCAAGUCAAGAUUUAUUUAAUUCAAACGUAUUUCUCGGAAAUAAUAUGGAUAGUAAUCAUGGAAUUUCUGUACAAGGAACUGAACUCUCUCAUUCAAAUGCAAAUUCCGGUAAGUUACACAAUUUAAGGCAAAAAGAAUGGACAAAGCAAGAGGAAGAUGUUGUUAAUGAGUUAAUUGUAACUGGAAAUAUUGAUUAUGCAAUUGAUGUUUGUGUACAAAGGGGCUUUUUUGCUGAAGCUUUUAUUUUGGCGGUAAAAUUCGGAGGCGUUUAUCUUGACUAUGUACAGAAACAAUACUUGAAAAGACAUGAAUAUCAAUACACUCAAAAGAUUUUGAGUCAUGUAAUUAUGGAUGACCUUGAGGACUUUGUCAAGACCAGUAAUUUGGAUCGUUGGAAUGAAACAUUAGCAAUUAUUUCAAUCUAUACUCAGCCUAGUGGAAUAAGGUUGGGGGAGUAUUCUUGUCAGUCAAAGUACUCAAUGGAAAGCCUUUCUGAGUUAUUAGCUAGAAGGUUACAGGAAGAAAAGUUUGAUGUUAGAUCUGCAUUAGUUUGUUAUUUGUGUGCUCGAAAUUUCAGGAAUUCUAUUGAAAUUUGGGGUAAUAUGGCAUCUUGCCAAAGCUCACAAAUACUUGGGCUUCAAGAUUUUGUUGAAAAAGUAGCAAUUCUUCAGGCGGCGACCAGAUUUAAUGGAAAUGACGAGAACAUUACAAAACAAGUUGUGCAAUACGCUGAGAUCCUUGCUAAUUCUGGAAGGAUUGUCGCAGCAAUGAAGUAUUUAUCAUCCUUGGCUUCCAAUGAUUACUCCAUUAACUCUUCAACCCUUAGAGAUAGGAUAUACAAUGCGGCUCCAGAGUUGAUGAACUCUUUGGGAUUCAAUAAACCAAAUUUUCCUUUCACCAUUAUCGAUGUAGUUCCAUAUGUUAAUGCAAACGCCAAUAUUUAUCAGCACCAGCAACUUCCAAAUCAACAACACACAAACCAGCAACAACAUGCCAUGUUUGGAGUAAAAAAUCCAUUUCAAUCAAAUUUAAAUAUGGGAAUGAAUUCCUAUCCAAUGAUGAGUAACAACAGCAGUAACAACAGUGGUGGUAUGGGUAUGGUGGGGCAAAUAAUGCAGCCUCCACCCCAUUCUUCACACGGAAUUCCUCCUCCUGGGCCUCCUUCGAUCCUCUCAAAUCAGUUACACCCUACUCCCUCUCCCCCUCCUCCUCCACCUUCAUCUCUUCAUUCUACAAUAAAUAGCGGGAUUUCAGGUGGUAUUCAGACGCAAAGUCAAGCUUUCAGACCAGGAAUUCCCUCUUCUUCAGGACUUCCUCCUCCCCCUCCUUCAUCUUCAUCAUUACUAUCAUCAGGUGGCUCGAUAAUGUCAAACCAACUACCUCCACCACCUCCACAGAAUAAUCCCACUCUAACUCGUCCAAGCUCCCCAAAUGUCGUAUAUUCUCAAAACAACAUUGGACUUGGAGCAGGAGGAGGAUUAUCUUCUGUUAACCAAGGUGUGAAACAAUUUCUACCUCAAUCAGCUCAGCCUCCAUCAAUUAAUCCUCCAAAUUCUUUUAUGAACAUCAAUCAGAACAAUUUUGGUGUUAACAAUAUUCCUCCUUCUAUUCCAACUCCUCAGGUUUCGGCUUCAGUUCCACCUCCUGGCACAGUUCCUGUUCCGCCUCCAAUGGCUCCAUCCCCAAUGCCGAAUUCAAACAAUAGCAGUAUUAUUGGAGGAGGAAUGCAAGGAGUUAAUCAGAUUGCCCCUCCUUCAAAUAGAUCAUCAAUUACCACGGCCCCGCAUAGUGGUGCUACUCCACCAAUACCAGGAAUGCCAGUACCAUGGCCACUACCAACUGCAACACAACAGUUAAAUUCGAUAACAUCAACAACAGCAAAUGCAAACAAACAGAUUCAGGAAGCAUCUAAGAAGAACAAUUCUCAGAUAAUGGGAAAGCCUCUAUCUGCUCAGUUAUUAGAUAUGGUAACAAAUGUGGUAAAUUCUAAUUUAAAUAACAUUUUUGCAAAUGAUCCUAGAAAGAAGAUGGAUGCUCAGAAGAGGUUUGAUGAACUUUUUGAAAAGCUUAGAGUUGGGAAUGUUUCGGAAACUGUUUCAUCCAAAGUUGUUAAUCUUUGUCAAGCUUUACAAACAGGAGAUUAUUCAACUGCAAACAAAAUCCAUAUUGAUUUGAGCUCAACAGAGUGGGAGAAUAAUAAGAAUUGGUUGAUGGCUUUUAAGAGGAUUAUUCCCAAGUAA